AAAUAAAAGAGAAUGGGUUGGAAGAUGUAGUAGUGGUGCUGAAGUAGGCAGUGACCGGCUACUGCCACUGCCACCAACACUGCCACCAACACCAGAAGCAGACAGAGAAAGUGACACAACACAACAAAUGCUGCAAUCUCCCCCAUUUUUUUCAUAGAUCCCCAAUCCAACCCAACACUUUAUCCUACUAACAUUAUUAUUAUUAUUAUAGAUUUAUUUAUAGCAACACCAUGUCUGUCUCACUCAAGAGUUAGAUCCAUCAUCAUCAGAAAUCAAAACCCUUAAUUCAAACCAAAUCGGAUAAAAACAACACAAUAAAUUAGGGUUUUGAUUCAGAACUAGUAAUGGAUCAAUGGUUCCUCGUUAUGCUUUCAAAUCUCCUUCACCUCCACAACUCCCUCGACCCAACCACCGACACACUCUCCUCCACCGCAACUUCCUCCACCUCCUCCUCCUCCUCCCUCCUCCAAUCAUCCUCCAUCGCCCCUCUCCUCCUCUUCACCAUGGCAUCCGUUCUCUCCCACGUCGCAUCCACCCGAACACCAUCCUCCUCUUCCAACCACCGCAACAAACACCUCCGUCGUAAUCGCAACCCAAACGCCUCCGACUACUCCGUAGCCGCCUUCCGUGCCCUCUCAACCGAACACAUCUGGUCCCUCGAAGCUCCACUCCGUGACGCUCAGUGGCGUUCUCUUUACGGCCUCUCCUACCCCGUUUUCACCACUGUCGUUGAUAAACUCAAACCCCACAUCGCCGUUUCAAAUCUCUCUCUUCCGUCUGAUUACGCCGUCGCUAUGGUUCUCUCUCGUCUCGCUCAUGGCCUCUCCGCGAAAACCGUCGCUAAUCGUUACUCUCUCGAGCCUUACCUUGUUACCAAAAUCACCAACAUGGUCACGCGCCUCCUUGCCACUAAACUCUACCCAGAAUUCAUCAAAAUUCCCGUAGGUCGUCGCAGACUCAUCGAAAUUACACAAUCCUUUGAAGAACUCACUUCACUUCCUAAUAUGUGUGGUGCUAUUGAUUCCACAUCUGUUAAGCUUCGGUCUGGUCCUAGUUCAAACCCUGCUACUUAUCUUUCGCGUUACGGUUAUCCUUCAGUUCUUCUUCAGGUUGUUUCUGAUCAUAAGAAGAUUUUUUGGGAUGUUUGUGUUAAAGCACCUGGUGGAACAGAUGAUGCUACUCAUUUUAGGGAUAGUCUUCUUUACCAGCGUUUAACUUCUGGUGAUGUUGUUUGGGAUAAGGUGAUCAAUGUUCGCGGUCACCAUGUUCGUCCUUAUGUUGUUGGUGAUUGGUGUUAUCCUUUGUUGCCGUUUUUGCUUACGCCUUUUUCUCCAAGUGGGAUGGGUACUCCAGCGCAGAAUUUAUUUGAUGGGAUGCUUAUGAAGGGUAGGUCUGUGGUUGUGGAAGCUAUUGCUUUGCUUAAGGGGAGGUGGAAGAUUCUUCAGGAGUUGAACGUGGGUCUUCAUCAUGUGCCGCAGACUAUUGUUGCGUGUUGUGUUUUGCAUAAUUUGUGUCAGAUUGCUAGGGAGCCUGAACCGGCCGAGUUGUGGAAGGAUCCUGAUGAGAGUGGAGCUCAACCUAGGGUGCUGGAUAGUGAGAAGUCUUUGUAUUUCUUUGGGGAAAGCUUGAGGCAAGUUCUCACUGAGGAUUUGCACCAAAAGCUCUCAUCAAGAUAACUGUCAUUUUCCAGUUCUAAAAUGUAACUAGACUUUUACUGAUAUGUUAUUGUUGAUGGUGAGGGUGAAUCACCUCGUGAUGUAGAUUUUUAUUUGAUUUGUGUUUUAAAAGAAGAAUUUUUUUGCUCUUGUAGGAGUAGGAUGCUUAUUAUGUAUUUUUAUGUUGAUUGAUUUUAGUAACCUGUUGUAGAACUAGAUUAUAGAAUUUGUGGAUGUGUUCAACUGUAAUGGCUACUUGACUUGUGGAUGAGGAGAACUAUUGUACUAACAUUAGAUUUGAAUGAGAUGUUUCGGACAAGUUUAACUUAA